UCAUACAGUUUCAAGAUAAUAUUAUAUUCACUUAAACAUGGCGAGCAUUCAGACAGGAUUGAGUUUUCUUUGUAUAUUUUUAAUCUGUUUGAUUUAUGCUGAUCCGCUAAAUGCGCCUACAGGUGUAAAAGUUACAUUUUUAGAACCUUCUGGACUUUAUGUGGAGUGGGACGAAGUACGUUAUAAUAUUCAUGAACCAAACAUAGGAUUUAUUGUCAAAUUAUGGGAAAUUAAAGAAGAAACUACAAGAAACUACAAAUUGAUUAACGGCGAACAAUAUCCUGGUUUAGAAAAAAAUAAUUUCGCUGCAGUGCCAUUCACGCCUGAUCACUUAUCACACCAAAACAUUAGUGAUAUUACAGUGAAGGGAGGCUUCUUCAACUAUGCAAGGAUAAAAUCUGUAAAGCCAUACCAACUAUAUGAGGUGCGAGUUAUGGCGUAUAGAGGAGACGAAAUCGGCCCUAUGUCAGAACCGAAGCGACUUAAACUUAUAACUGAAACUAACUAUGUAAUGCUGGCUCAAAGGACCACAGAUUCUUGUCAAGCUACGAUUAUUACUAAUAAAACAACAUCGGAUAUGCCCGAGACUUAUGUUUAUAACUCUUAUUUGUAGGACAUUAAAAGAUUUUAUUUUUA